GUAAACCAGCGAGCAGAGCCGAGAGGGGAGCUGGCAUCUACCCGCCGCGCCACGACGCGCAAGGAUACAGCUUCGCCGAGAGGAGAAGAGCGCCUCCUCCGCCGCCGACUCAGGCCUGUCUGGCUGCGUGAUCCAGCGACUGAUCGGGAGGACGUGGCCAACCGGGCCGUCUGUCUGGCCCUUCGACACGCGCUGCGUCGACAGGCUGGCCGACCAGCCGCAUCGCAUCGUUUUCAAUUCACCACGAUCCAACAAGAACGCGGGAUUCGACCGAUUCCAACGACACCGAACGCACGCCGGAGGAGGCUGUUACGAGGGCUGCUCCGUUACCCAAGGUAGACACAGGUAAACCAGGGGGCACGGAACGAAUCCUGCCGCCAGGAGGUGGCGUAGGGAGGAAGAGGAGCACCGACCCGGCACGAUGCGGCCUAGAGCCGCUGACACGUCGACCGCAGCAGCCCGCAGGCUCCGUUCGUUCCCGGUCGUCCUGCGAGUCACCUGCGUCCUUGCCCUACUGGUCGUCACGUGGAUACCGGUCACCGAGGCUGUGAUCUGCAGGGAUUCUUACAAAUGCAAUUGCACGGGAAUAAAAGGUGUUGCGGGUUUCAUUGGAGUAGCCGGACCAGAAGGACCGGAAGGACUCCCGGGUGACAUCGGACCAGACGGUCCCCUCGGUCCGAAGGGCGAAAAAGGAGCCGGAGGAGAGUAUGGCGGCGCCGGAGAAAAGGGCUACAGGGGUGAUCAAGGUAUACAAGGAUUCCCAGGAGCUCCCGGACUUUCGGGCAACCCUGGUCUGCCUGGCGUGACUGGACCAGACGGUUUGGACGGAUGCAACGGGACCGAUGGACGUGCUGGAUCACCUGGAAUGCCUGGAGAGUACGGUAGACGCGGUUCUCCAGGUGCGAUAGGGGAUCCUGGUCCCACUGGCGAACCUGGCGACGGUGGUAUCAACUCCGUCGGCGUGAAGGGUUACCGCGGAACUCCAGGCGUGGACGGACCCGAGGGCCACGAGGGUCCGUACGGGAUUCCAGGCGAAAUGGGCUACCCUGGAGAAACGGGCGACAUGGGUUACGUUGGCGCCCCCGGUCUGCCAGGUAUGCGAGGUGAACCUGGCGAGACGGUGUACGGCGUGAAAGGUGCCAUGGGCGAACAAGGGGACAGAGGUGAUCCUGGGCCCCCGAGCAGCGGCGAAUACAAGACGAAAAAGGGCACCACGACCGUGAAGGGAGUUAAGGGCUACAAGGGUAUGAAGGGAGACGUUGGAAACUACGGCUAUAAGGGAGAGAUGGGCACCAAAGGGCCUCGCGGUCGGCCAGGAUUUCUGGGAAUCAAAGGUGGAAAAGGAGAGCAGGGUAGCGACGGGCCGAGGGGUAAGCAGGGCGUAGAGGGCCCGGCAGGACCUGCUGGACCAAAGGGGGACAAAGGUGCCCCCGGCUACGAAGGAAAUCCAGGAUCGACCGGAAUUGGCGGGGAGCCGGGAGAACCAGGGAAUCAAGGAGCGCCUGGCAAACAAGGGGCUGCUGGAGAACCUGGAAAAUAUAUACCGGAACUCGACGAAAUAAUUCAAGGGAACAUUGGAAUUCAGGGAGACGUAGGUCCACCCGGUCCGAUGGGGGAGUCAGGAACGCCAGGUACGCCAGGCAACGUAGGCUACAUCGGUCCACCUGGUCCUCCAGGACCUGCCGGUGCCUCGGGCCUGCCAGGGCCGAAAGGAUCUUCCGUCAAAGGCGAGCCAGGAUCGGACGGUUUUCCCGGCCAGAUGGGCUCCCAGGGUGUGUCCGGCUUACCUGGUCUACCUGGAGUCGUUGGACCAAAAGGAUUCCCCGGCAUAACGAUCAUCGGGCCCCCAGGCAUCGACGGAAAGCCUGGAAUACCUGGAUACUCCGGUCCACCCGGCGAUCGCGGUGAACACGGUCUUCCUGGUCCGAAAGGUUUCCCUGGGAAAGGUAUCAGAAUCCGCGGUCCUCCCGGCGAACGAGGAUUGCCAGGACCACCUGGAAUUCCCGGACCCGACGGAUGGCCCGGUCGUCCAGGCUGGAAGGGAGCGAUAGGUCCGAAGGGCGACGACUGCGGCGUUUGCGCACCAGGACUGCCUGGCGAGAAAGGUGAAACCGGCGACAGCGGACUGGCCGGAUAUCCUGGCCAGCCAGGAUACCCUGGUUUGCCUGGACCGCGUGGCUUCAAGGGUGCCCACGGAAAAGCUGGUAUUCCUGGACCGAUGGGCUUGGAAGGCGACAGCGGACGUCCAGGAAUCGCCGGUGUCCAGGGACCGAAGGGAGAGAGAGGGAGAUUGGUAUUGCCUCCGCGCAACAAAACAAUCGGAGAGCCUGGCGACAUUGGCGACAAAGGGUUCCCUGGACUGGAAGGGCUAAGAGGGCCCAAAGGUGAAAUCGGACCGUACGGUGACGUGGGAUUUGACGGGCCCAAAGGGGAGAAGGGUGAUCACGGGCUGCCAGGAGUUCCGGGACGAGACGGUUCGCCAGGUGACGAUGGCUUCCCUGGCGAGAAAGGCGACGACGCGACGAUACCAAUCGAGUUCCUGCGAGGUGAACCAGGUUACUGGGGUAACCCUGGGUUGAAGGGUUUCCAGGGCGACCAUGGGCGGAAAGGAGACACCGGGGAGGCGUCUGGAUACAAUAUAAAUCUGAAGGGAGACAAAGGAUUCAAGGGAGAAAGAGGUUUUCCAGGGGACGAUGGAUUCCCAGGUGAAGUAGGACGACCAGGUGACGAGGGAUACCCCGGAGCACCAGGACUUCCUGGAUCCCCCGGUAUAUCGCCUCAGGGUCCCGUGGGACUCAAGGGCUAUCCAGGAAUGCCGGGAGAUCAAGGUUUUCGAGGGACAGCGGGUACUCCAGGAAACCGGGGACCUGUUGGUUUUCCAGGACGUUUUGGCAACAAAGGUGACCGAGGUGACCCAGGUACGAACCAGACAUACGGCGAUUACGGCGACCGAGGUUACACGGGUGAAAAGGGAGAGAUCGGUGACGCUGGUCCUGCGGGAUUGCGAGGUAGACCUGGAGUAGACGGGGCGAAGGGCAGCAAAGGUGGCAAAGGAGCUCCUGGUAUAGAAGGUCUACCUGGCCUUCAGGGAGCCAAAGGCGUGCAUGGCGACAGCCUUCAAGGUCCCAGAGGAUUCCCUGGAACGCCUGGACUACCUGGAAUGCCUGGAAUGGUUGGAGAUGUUGGCGUUAAAGGCCAUGAUGGACCACCCGGAUUCGACGGAAUGAAAGGCUUGAAGGGAGAGAUCGGCCUUGUGGGCCGUCGAGGAAACGACGGUGACAGUGGUCCGAUGGGUUACGUGGGCAGAGACGGGAUGCCAGGUAGAUCAGGUGCUCCAGGUGAAGACGGUGACGUCGGUGACCUCGGCGAUCCCGGUUUACCUGGCUGGCCUGGUCCCGAAGGAGUUCCUGGUCUCCUCGGAGCUAAAGGGGAACGAGGAAACCAUGGACCGUUCGGCGCUUCGGGCAUGAUGGGCGUGCCUGGUUACAAAGGUGUCCCUGGCGAUCCUGGCCCCGACGGUCUCGCCGGACUUCCGGGUGAUAACGCCUUCAGUGGACCCCAAGGCGACAUCGGCGAACCCGGCUACGUGGGAGAAAUCGGUGCACCAGGAUUCCCCGGUAUCGACGGACGACCUGGUUUACCUGGUGAACCCGGUUUAGCUACCGAUGGAUUCGAUGGUAUGCCAGGGCUGAGAGGCGAACCUGGUUACAACGGAACCCAUGGAAUGCCUGGGCCAAAGGGAGAGAUCGGUGACAUGGGACUCGAUGGACUGAAAGGAGAAAGGGGAGAUUGGGGCUUCCAGGGAAGACCAGGAUUGCCUGGUUAUCCUGGUGCAUACGGUGCUAAAGGUGAACGUGGCCCAAUGGGACCGGCUGGUCCCGACGGUACCAAAGGUAACCGAGGAAUGGAUGGCGAUCCUGGCCAAAUGGGAUUCCCAGGAAUGCCUGGCGAUGUCGGGUCUCCAGGACUUCCUGGCUUAAUGGGAGCGCCAGGACCAAAAGGUAUCGUAGGUGAGCCAGGUAUUGCGCUGUACGCCGUGGCGGAAAGGGGUGAAUUUGGUGAUCCCGGCCGCGAUGGACAGCCAGGUGAGAAAGGAGAACAGGGCGAACGAGGAUUCAGUGGAUUGGCUGGCCGCAAGGGGGCCACAGGUGACGAAGGGUUCCCCGGAUCCGAUGGAUUCCAAGGGAUGCCAGGAUUUCCAGGACUUCCCGGCGAUCAAGGACCUCGCGGUUUUCCAGGAUUGCCUGGGAAAUUCGCCGAAAGGGGUGAGCCAGGGCGAGACGGAUUGGAUGGGCUGCCUGGUACUCCAGGAAUUCCUGGACAGAAGGGCGCCCCCGGAGCAUAUGGAUUCGAUGGUCCCAAAGGAAUUCAAGGAGACGUUGGUCUCAGUUUCCGUGGACCCAAAGGUCUCCCUGGAGAUGAAGGUCCGAAAGGCUUCGCCGGAAUGCCUGGAGCACCAGGAAUGAGAGGAUUGUCGAGUCUACCUGGACCACCUGGACCGAAGGGUUUACAAGGAGACCAAGGAGUACCCGGAAUCAGUAUAAGAGGACAGCAAGGAGAUCGAGGAUUGCAUGGAUUGCAUGGCAGAUCAGGACGUAAGGGCGAAAGAGGGGAUUCAGGACUUCCUGGAUUCCCGGGACUGCCGGGGCCGAAGGGAGAAAUCGGCGAUGACGGUGAGCCUGGUCCACCAGGAUUGCCAGGACCUCCAGGUCCACAGGGACCAAAAGGAGAUCGCGGUACUAGUCUAUUUCCGCUUACGCCAAGAAAAGGGCAAAUGGGUGACAUAGGAAUCGCAGGAUUACCUGGUUUCCCAGGGUCAAAGGGAAUGAUGGGCGAGCCUGGAGAAGACGGUGUACCUGGACGACCAGGUGAACGAGGAAUGAUUGGCUUCCCAGGAUCUCCAGGGCCAGAUGGCAAAGAUGGUCCUCCUGGUUAUCCUGGCAUUCCUGGUCCCGUUGGACGACAAGGGCUACCAGGAUACCCUGGAGUUCCAGGAGCCCCAGCACCACCAGCACCAGGUGCACGAAACAGAGGAUUCAACAUAGCUCGACACUCGCAAUCCGAAAUGAUACCUCAAUGUCCGAAAAACACUGUCAAACUCUGGGACGGUUUCUCUUUGCUACAUAUAAUGGGCAACGGACAUCCUUUCGCACAAGAUCUUGGCGCCCCCGGUAGUUGCGUCACCAGGUUCUCUACCAUGCCCUUCAUGUUCUGUAACAUAAACAACGUAUGUGAUUACGCGCAACGCAACGACUACAGUUAUUGGCUGAGUACCACGGAACCCAUGCCAAUGUCAAUGACGCCCAUACCGGCGCCAGAAGUAGGCAGAUACAUUUCCAGGUGUUCUGUCUGUGAAGCGCCAACUCGUGCAAUCGCAGUGCACAGUCAAUCCAUGGCUAUACCGGAAUGUCCAGCUGGUUGGGAUGAACUUUGGAUCGGGUACAGCUUCCUCAUGCACCGAGAUGCAGGCGCAGGUGGUGGCGGCCAGUCGUUGAUCUCUCCGGGAUCCUGUCUCGAGGAGUUCCGCGCAAGACCUUUCAUCGAGUGCCGUGGCUUGGGCACUUGCAACUAUUUCUCCACUGCAACGUCCUACUGGUUGGCCACUAUCACCGACUACGAAAUGUUCCGCAAGCCCUCUCAACAGACCUUGAAGGCAGACCACACCUCGCGCGUCAGUCGCUGCGCGGUGUGUCUUCGUCGUCGCGUUAUAGAAAACCCUUACGGCCAUUCUCUAACGCCGUUCACGUCGAACGGCCAGAAGGAGGUGGCUGGCAACAUCCAGUAUCCACCACAGCAGUACCCAGACUAUCGACGCCAGAGGCGACCGCCUACUGGCAGAGUACGAUACCCCAACAGAGCCAACCAAUACCGCAAACGAGGACGGGUCCGCAAACCCGAACGACCAGCGGAGGACCCGGAAGCGGCUUAAAGAAUUGCGACGUCAACAGCUACGGUCUUACCAGUGAUGUUCAGGAGGGUAGCGACUCUGUGUAUAUAAACAACGAAACGAGAUUUCCGAACCAGUCGCUAUAGAUAAGUUGUGUCGCGUACCCCUCCACGAUGGCUGGUGGAGGAGUACUAAUUAUUUUGCCCAUAUCUGAUACGAUUCCAUCCCCGAAUUCAGGGAUGAUGUAUGCCUUAUGCCAAAAAUACGGGGACCGAGGUCCCCAACGAAACUGCCAAUCGACGUCGCAUCGACCUCGCGGAUGAAUUUAAAUUAUCGAUAUUUUCUGUACGAUAUUUUGCUAUUGUAACUGUCUAUGUAUUUGCAUUGAAUAAAGAUGUUUUAUAGAAGCUA